GGAAUGCACUACAUAGGGAGUGGAAGCUAUUAGGUUAUACUCAAUGUAGUGCACUUCAUAUAGGGAGUGAUUAGGCAUUGGGGAUAGAGCCAGAGAAGUUUCUCAGUGCUAAACAGUGAGGGAGUUAUUUUCAAUUUUCGUACCAGCAAACGCGUGAUGCUGUUUUCCAGAAAUGGCUAGCACGCUUAGUUAAGCACCUGCACGGAGUCUGCGGUGUACAUGCAUGUAAACAGUCCUGGUUUGUCCCUUACGAAAGCAUUCACUCAGUCCUGCUACCUGAACACAUUCAAUCUGUGAAGACACGUUGCUACGACGUAUCCAGGAGUGUCACUCAUUGACACUGCUAUGACAAUGACAGUGUAAUCUGGUUAGCUUGGCUAACAGUAUCUACUAGUGAAACGUUUACGCUCGGGACCAGAAAUGUGGGGUGAAAUCGAAUCAUGCAUCAAACCUGCCAGUCCUGCACCCUAUGAGCCAGAUAGUGGUGGAACAGAGGAUGAGGACAAGAUGGACCAGUGUGCCAGUGAGCCCUCAAACCCCACUGCCCAUAUUCAGGAUAAAGGUUCCAGCCUUCUGGAUGGCAUGUUAUCAGCUAUAGUGGACAGUGGGAGUCCAGUAAAGAGCCAGCAGCUGGGAGAACCUGAUCUUACUAUGGAGGAGAAAAAGCAGUUAUUGUUGGAACAGUAUAAUACCAAGCCGGUAGUCUUUCUUGAGCGUUAUCACACUCAUUUGAAACCGAAGCAUUUGGAGGCCUUCUCACAUGUGAGCAGUGACUGUAGAACACAGUAUUACUGUACGGAAGUUCAGAAACGGGCGUCGAGUUCAGCCAACAAGACGAGGGUGCGCAACCAUCGCUACGCAGCUCUUCGUGCACUUCAGAAGGAGGGCCAGUACUUCAGCGAGGAGCAGAUGCGUUUUCGAGAGCCUCUUCUGUAUGAGCAGUACAUCGGUCAGUACCUGAGUGAGGAAGAAAUCCUGCAGCGUGCUGAAGAAGCUAUGCAGAAGGGCCCGAUAGGUCUGUCUGACCUGCUCAUCAACUCUUACCAGGAGAAGGAGCUCCAGAAACGCCUGCAGGAGGAACAGGGCAGAGAGAACUGUGCAGAGCAGGAGGAAGAGGAGGAUGACGAGGAGCCUCCACAGGCGGAAUGGGAACCGACAGCAGAAGAGAAAGCCAUGCUGAGAGAGGAGUUUCUGAGUCAAAUGCACCAACGCUUCUUAGAGGGCAAAGAUGAAGACUUUAACUACAGUGAAGUGGAUGAGAACCCAGAUUACGAUAACCUGGACAUUUUAACUCGCGAUGCUGAAGAAAGGUACUUUGAUGAAGAUGAGGAAGAAGAAGAAGAGGAGGAGGAAAAUGAAGAGGAAGAGGAGGAAAAUGAGGGUGACAGCAAUAUGGUGUAAAAGUUUUUGAACAGUUUCUUAAGUCACUGCAGUGUUUGGGGGGGGGAUAUCAUUUUUCUUCUUCAAAUCCAUUCUAGAUUUCAAGCAUUUAUUUUUCUAAGAAAGUCAAUCACAUGUAGCGUGCCUCUUCUUAAUACAUUAUUGCAUCCUCUGAUAAGUGUAGAGUGUACAGGUGAUACAAGUUUAUUUUUCAUGUAAAUACAAUUAACCAUUUCUGAAUGCCAUUUUUCUUUAAGAGGCAUUCCACUUUAAAACACAUUUACUGUCAUAAAUCCCCCAGUUUGUAAUUUUUCAAAGCACUCUGUUGCUUAUGAGAUGAAAUGACGUAUGCUUCAUGGGUUGUUGUUAGCAAAAAGGGGCUACGUCUGGGCUGGAGACUAAAAACUAAUGACAGCCAUUGCCAUGUGGAUGUUGUCAAUCUGUUUUUCUAAAGUAUCUUUAAAAUUCAGUGAUUGCAGAGCUACUUUAAAUUGAGCAUCUUUGCUUAACCACUGGAAGUCUGUAAUUUAACUUGACUCUAUAUUGAAGUGAAUUUGUAAUUGAGUCCAAAGAUUAGCAUAUUCUGUAAGGCUAUGUUAAUAACUUUUUUUUUUUAAUAAUAAAGCUUUACAUGUAAAUAAAUGCAAGUCUAA